ACCGUGAUACCUUUUAGAACGAAACAAAUAUACUGUAUCAAAGUGUGGCGGAUAAAAAAUGAUAGAGCAAAAAAAAAUUAAAUAUUCGUCCUUCGAGAGGUUACACAUUUUUAAAAGCAGAGAAUAUAAAUAUGUACGUAUUUGUCUGGCCCUUAUAUUGUCUGGUCCGUCCAUGACUCGCUCUUUCUACUUAUCCCAGUACCUUCUGUAUCAAUAGGGACUCGAACGCAAGUAGAGGUAUCUAGCUAUGGUCAGACAGAUACUUGACGCUAAGAUCGUCGAUGGUGAGAGCAUCUACGGAUACGUGGCGUAUCAAAUUGAUAGAAUACGCGAUUGUCAAGGAGGUUGCUCCCUCGGCGUAUACACCACUGUCCCCUGUCGUAGUUCAGUUUCGUGUUCGUAGCUUCUUCUCUGUUUAAACGCGGCUCUCCUCUGUCGCAACUUCCCUUGAUCUUUCCCUUUGUCGUGGCUCUCUGUGUUUGCAGUUCUACCUGCCUCUCUUAAUUCGUGUUGCCUCUAGCUUUCCCUUCUGUAUGAUAUCCUAUCCUCGUUUCAACCGCGUCCUCCAGCCUCGCAUUCGUGGCUCGACGUCCUCCAUUCUCUCCUCCCUUUGCUUCAGGAUUAUCCAACGUCCGUUCCACCGUUUUCCACGUUGUAUCUCCAUUCCUUUGCGCGGUAUUCCACGACCUUUAUCGCGUUUCAUUUUACAGACGAUGCUUCUACCUACGCUUUAUUCUCUGAACGAGAAAUUUCAAAUGCGACUGCAGGGGUUGCUAGAAGAGAGGAGAUUUCUUGGAGAGGAGGUUUCAAGGUGUAGGGAACGAGACGCUACGGAGAUAAAAUAUAUUUGUUGAUCCGGCAUAGGGGUGAUAGAGUUUGGGAAAAGUUCGUUUCUUUCAAGGUGAAUGGAUUCUGCCAGCCCAGAUAAAAAUUGCACAGAAAUAAAGAACAAGCUGCUAUUCGCUGAAAUAAAAAAAGGUAUUUAGUAUUAAUAUGUAGAACGGUCCACGAAGAGCAAAUCUCAGCUCCCUGAGAAACCGGCGAUCGUGCAAUUUAUUCAUUGCAAUGAAUUGAUCAUGAUUCGGUUAAGCUGUCCGUUUAAUUCAAACGCGUUUAGAGCAUUUUCGUUUAUUUUUCCUUGGUCGUAGGGUUCCAUAAUUUUUCCCAUUUGUCUCUACCGCGAUUCGUCGCUCACCCUCGCUCCUCUCCAAGCUCACCUCCCUUCGGCAGCUUCUAUCUUUAUCUCUCUCCCUCUGCGGCACGACCCCCUGGCAAGGUGGCGGUCCAGCGCGCAGAUCGUGUCAGCCGUACGGGAUGCUGAGUCUGAAAUAGAUUCAGUCGUACGCCUGGCUCCCUCCUGUCGUCGUCUGUUCGCGCACGGUCGUCGUUAAAAGCCUCUCCGCGUGUCGUCGAUUUUCUUCUCUCAUCGCCGCGACUCCAUUGUGCCGGCGAUACCCCGUCCCGUGUUCCUGGUUCGGGAAAAGAGGGCCAGGCAACCUAGAAGUCCUCCCAAGAUCUCGUUCUCGAGGUCCCUUCGCGGAAAUCGAAGCUAGGCUAUGGGAAUACUCCCGUGAGAGGCGUGUUCCGGGAUAGCCGAAAGAAAAAGAGCGGCCUCGAUACGAAUUAAUAAUGCCGUGCGAGAGGAGCGCGGAGGAUCGGCUGAACUUUACGGGAGCACAAGGUUGUCCCAAGAGAGGAGAAAAGUAAAGCAACGAUGGGGGUGUACGUGUUGGGAGUGGUCGGCGUGUUCUACGUGGCUGUGCUGGGUGUCGGCAUUUGGGCUGCCGUCGUCAAGGAGAAAAAAUCUCAACAAGGCCAGGAUGCCAUGAUGCUGGCGAAUCGUGGCCUCGGCCCGCUUCUUGGUCUUCUCACUCUAAUUGCCACGUGGGUAGGGGGCGCCUACGUGAACGGGACCGCGGAAGCCAUGUACACAAGAGGAUUGGCCUGGUGUCAAGUGCCCUUUGGUUACAGCCUCAGUCUGCUGUUUGGUGCGGUGCUGUUCGUGAGACCAAUGAGGAAGGCCGAGCACGUGACCAUGUUGGACCCGUUUCAAGAGAGAUACGGCGCGGGAGUCGGCGGUUUACUAUUUCUUCCUGCUCUUUGCGGCGAUCUGUUCUGGUGCGCCGCCCUCCUGAGGGCUCUGGGUAGCUCAUUGGCCGUCGUCGUUGAGGUUGAUCCGAACGUCAGCGUUUGUGUGUCCGCACUGCUGGCUGGCGUGUACACCAUGUUCGGUGGCUUAUAUUCGGUCGCUUGGACGGACGCUCUGCAGCUAGGCUCCAUCAUAAUCGGCUUAGGGGUGGCUGCGCCCUUUUCCCUUCUGCACCCAGCCGUCUCUUUCGAGAAGAAUUUAUUAGCGCCCCGCGAGUGGCUUGGGGAAAUAAGGAACGAAGACCUGGGCGAAUGGGUCGACGGCAUGCUGUUGCUGGUAUUCGGCGGAAUACCUUGGCAGGCCUACUUCCAACGAAUCCUGAGCAUGAAGAGCACAUCAGUGGCGACGACGAUAUCGAUAGCAUCGAUGUUCGGAUGCGUGAUCAUCGCUUUUCCAUCGGCGUUGAUCGGCGUGGUGGCUCGUGCAACGGACUGGUCAUUGAUCGACGGAUUCAACAUGAGCUUGCUGCUGAACGAUGGGAACUCGGCGUUGCCAAUGGUCCUUCGAUAUCUGACACCUCAGUGGGUCACUUUUUUGGGUCUGGGAGCCAUUUCCUCGGCGGUAAUAUCGUCAGCAGAUUCAGGCAUACUAGCCAGCAGUUCGAUGUUCUCCAGGAACGUCUACAAGCUCACCCUGAGACCAAAGGCUACCGAAAGGGAACUGGGCUGGAUCCUCAGGAUCUCUGUGAUCGUGUUCAUCGGAUUGUCGACCGCCAUCGCGCUCACGGUGGAAAGCGUUUAUUAUCUGUCCUACUUAUGCUCGGAUCUUAUCUAUGUGGUGCUCUUCCCGCAAUUGUUGACGGUGGUCCACUGGCCCUCCCUUGUCGACACUUACGGCUGCCUCGCGGGUUACUUUGUGGCUGUUGUCUUGCGCCUUUGCGGAGGAGAAAGGGGCUUAGGCGUGCCAGCGUUGAUAGAGUACCCCUUCUACGACACGGAAACCCAAACCCAAAAGUUCCCUUUUCGCACGGGCGCCAUGCUGGCAGCUCUCUUCACGCAGCUCAUUACCAGUUUCUUCACCAGAAAUCUCCUAGGAAAGGGUUUCUUCCCGAGAUGCUGCGACGUCCUCAGCGUCUACUCGCCAGGAAAGUCCAAGGAUCAGUCGGGGGUCGUGCAGAGCAGUUCUGGCGCCGCCUUGAUGGAGACCUCCUCCGUUAACAAAUCGACAUCAGGGAUGGACUCCUGCGACGGCGUCGGUCCUGGAAGCUACGAGGACGACCGAACGACCACCAACUCCGUCGAGGACAUGAAUGACCGCGUGGAUGGUGGUACCGUAGCCGGUGACCCUUACGAAAAGGAGACUCAGAGGAUCAACAACGCGGGGACUCCCGUUCAGAAGCCGAACCAGACCCUUCAACAUCUCCAGACCCUUCGAAACUCGGUGCACAUCGGCACCAUGAGGCCCAUCCCCACCCCCACUCACUACACCUCCAUGCAGAGCAACGAGAUGGCCAGAGGUCAAAUUCUAGGAGUACGAAACCUGCGGGGCUCCAUGAUGCUGCCAACCACGCCGAUCAUCCCCUCGAGCAACAGCAUAGUCGUUCCCAUGAGCUCGACUGCGACCACCCCCCUGACACCUGGGCCUCAUUACACCAGGUCCAGCGAGAUGUCGAUGAGCGUGGAUAAAGCCAGGGACAUAGACAGGAUCGGAAUGGUGGAGAGGAGCAACGCGGAGUUCCAAAACACCCCGGACACCAUGCUGACAACUAUAGGAGCGAAGAAGAACGUCAAGGGGGUGAAGUUGGUUGGUAUGGAGGGUGGGACCCUGCGAAGACCGUCGUUACAGGGCACUUUCUCGCCUACACCGUCGGUGGAGCUCGUUCACAUUCUGGAUAGAAGACAGAGCAGCGGUUCCUACGGGCCCGGAUCUCUGUCCCCCGUUCCCAUGGGAGUGGAGGCCUGUAAGACGCACGGGACUGCGUUGGAAGGACAGACUGGGAACGAACACUGCAGGAUCAAGAGAGGCAUCGUCAGGCAUCACAGCUUCAACGACACGGGAGACCGAGCCCUAACGACCCUGGCCAGGCAGCCGACCUACCCCUCCAUGCCUUUGCGCCCCGAAGACUGUCGUAUGAGCCUGGCCAAGAGGGACAGGAGGACAUCGACGAUCGUUCGUCACGGUUCCGUGACCAACGAGAAAGAGCUCAGCGGUUGCACGAGCGGACUGGUCGUCUGCAGUCCAACUUACAACAUGUACAGCUCCGCUGUUAAGAAUUCCAACUACUUCGUCACGGACGACGAGGCAGUGAGCAGGUUUUGAGAACGCUAGGACGUUCGAGGACCGCCACCAACCAAAGACAAUCGAAGCCCGCCUGAUCAGUUACGACUCCGACCCAUUUUUAUUACGAUCUGAACCAUCGUACAAUUCUACUUAAUAACUAACCUUUUUAUCACGUGCUAGGCUUACCUAAUUUUUUAAAUAAAAAUAAUGGGACAUCUGUAAUCAACCAAGGAUAUACUCGCGACGAUGCUCAUGAUUUCGAACGAGAUCAGAAUUGUUGUUAGGAAAGGUUGCCGUAGAGUUUACAGAGUGUCGUCCUGUUUGCGGUGCUAGCGAAGUGGCAACUGGAAGAUCCUACGAAGGCGCGCGAAGGCAUUUUCCGCAAUUGAUCGGGAUUAGUAGUUUUCAGAGCACUUGUUAAGGAACGUGUACAAAUUUAGAGGGAAUUGGAAGGAUUGUUUCAAGUUACUUGUUGGGGGACUUAAUGUUGUUGGAUGGGAGCAGAUUCGGAAAUGAUUCGCAGAGAUUAACGGUCCAAGGACUUGCAAAGAGUUUUCGUAGCCGAAGAGCUAUUGGUCUAUCGGUGCUCGAAAUUUACGUGCGACCGCAAACAGUUUGACUACGAUCGUUUUUACUGGCAGAGGGCCCAUUUCGUUUCACUUUUCAAGACGAUUUACCCGCGAAAAUCCUCGAUCGACUAAUCGACCUCUUCGUACCCACAUCUGGAUGCAUUAUUUAUUUUUUCUUUUAAUGCUGUCAAAAGAUUCAAGUCUAACAAGUCACGAUCAUGUAUUUAAUUGUAGCGUUGAGCUGUUAUUUAAAAAGAAGAUGAUAUCGAUUGAAAUCUGAAGCAAUACAGACGUAUAUCAUAGAUAAUUAUCACGGAAGAUAUCCUAUAACGUUUGUCCUAAAGGGCUGUUAAUGUUCCGAACUCGGUACGAAAUACGAAUACGUCUGUGAUUAAUAAAAGUUAAUUCGUAAAAUGCAAACUCGCAGCUGAUUAAAAAGUUCCCCGAAAUUGACAGCGUGGGUACGAAAGGGUCGAAAACCUACGAUUAAGGUAGCAUAAGACUUUGGUUAGUCGACGAUUGGAAACUCACAGGCAUU